GCGACCGAGCUGUUGCGAGGGGCGAUCGGAUCGGGGCCGCGCGCAGGAAAAGCGGAUGACCACCACGGAGCUGUCACGUCACGGAUCCGCAGCGAGAUGCUGAGGUGACAAGCAGAAGAAGGAACGGCACGACCUUUAUUUACCCCAACAGCAUUCCCCCCCUCGCCGGUUUCUUUUUUUUUUAUUUGUUUUUUUUGUUAUAUCGACACCGCCUUCUCUCUCCCUAUGGACGGUCCGCGCGUCAUGGCAUUCCUCUCGACGUCGUCCCCGCCGCUUCAAAACCUUGAGGAUAUUUUGUAACCACACCCGGCUGUUCUGAGGAUCAAGGAUUGCCGAGGACCCUCCGUCCUGUUCCAAAUGCCCGGCCCAGUCUGAGGUGCCUGGUCAAAGGGAAGCAGUGAGGGCAGCGUCCCGGUUCCACAGACGGGAUGAGCGGGGGAGCAGAGCAAGCUGACAUCCUGAGCGGCCUCUCCCUGGUCAAGGAACGAUGGAAAGUGGUAAAGAAGAUUGGGGGCGGGGGUUUCGGGGAGAUCUACGAGGCUCAGGACCUGCUGACGCGGGGCAGCGUGGCGCUGAAGGUGGAGUCGGCCCAGCAGCCGAAACAAGUGCUAAAGAUGGAGGUCGCCGUUCUGAAGAAGCUCCAGGGUAAAGAUCACGUGUGUCGCUUUGUGGGAUGUGGCCGCAACGACCGCUUCAACUACGUGGUGAUGGAGCUUCAGGGUCGAAACCUGGCCGACCUGAGGAGAAGCAUGCCUCGGGGAACGUUCAGCAUCAGCACCACCCUGCGUCUGGGCCGCCAGAUCCUGGAGGCCAUAGAGAGCAUCCACUCUGUCGGAUUCUUACAUCGGGACAUCAAACCGUCCAAUUUCGCCAUGGGCCGCUUUCCCAGUACUUGUCGGACUUGUUACAUGUUGGACUUCGGCCUGGCUCGUCAGUUCACCAACUCCUGUCAGGAGGUUCGCCCCCCUCGUCCAGUCGCAGGGUUCAGGGGAACGGUUCGGUACGCCUCUGUCAACGCACACAAGAACAAGGAGAUGGGUCGCCAUGAUGACCUGUGGUCCCUCUUCUACAUGUUGGUGGAGUUUUUGGUUGGACAGUUGCCGUGGAGGAAGAUCAAAGACAAAGAACACGUGGGGAAGCUGAAGGACACUUACGACCAUCGCCUGAUGCUCAAACAUCUGCCGGCAGAGUUCGGCGUGUUCUUGGAACACAUUUCCAGCCUCGACUACUACACCAAGCCUGACUACCAGCUGUUGAUGUCCGUGUUUGACAACAGCAUGAAGACCUACAACGUUGUGGAAAACGACCCUUACGACUGGGAGCGGACCAGCACAGACGGCACUCUGACGAUCAGCGCCAGCGCCACAACGCCGCAGCAUCACACCCGACUCACUCCGGCACAGAUGGGCAUGGUGAACGCCUCGUUGAUCCCCGGCGACCUGCUGAGGGAGAAUACAGACGAGGUGCUGCAGGACGAGCAGCUCAGCGACGUGGAGAACAACCCCGCUCCUGAGCGCGCGCUGGGCUCCCCCCAGCACCAGCAUCGCAACCAGGAGGCCGACGUCUGGGAAGAGCUCGACCGGAACCGGAACCGGAUCAGGACGGGACACUGGAAGACUGCGGCAGAGGAGGAACAAAGCAACAACCAGGGUAAACAAGGACACCAGAGCCCCUACACAGGACUAAGUCUGGGCUCACCCGUCAAACCGCACUCAGAGGCGGUGGCUGCUGACCGGGACGCCCCUCUGCUGAGAAAGCUCCGCAACAUCCACAGCUUAGAGCUGGAGAGGAGGCUGGGCCUCGACCCGAAGGCCAGCCCAGAGCGUCUCCUGGAUAACUGUUCAGGAAAACAGCAGUUCGGCGUCCAGCAUCAGGGAAAGGAAGCUGCUAUCGUCCCAGCAACUCAGGGUCAAACCGCCGGGGAGCGUCCCGAUAGGGUCUGGCACUACGACGAGGAGUUCCUGUCCGGAGCUGCUUCUCCCAAACCGGCUUCGCCUGGGUCUUUUGAGCAGGGAGAGGGGGCAGCCAGCAGUGGUGGCUUUGUGGCGCUUAAUCUGAGCUCUGGGAGGCAGGAGAUUGAUUCAAGAGAGUGGGUAAUAGUGGAGCGCCCCGGGGGCUCCCCCGGAGCCAAAGCUACAGCCAGCCCUUCCGAGGAGGAUGAGGAGCCAGAGGUGCUCCAGCCAGAGGAACCAUCUCCCGGGUGGGAAAAGGCAAGCCCAGGUCCUAAUUGUAGCAGAGCUAAGCAGGAAAGUGCAGCUUCCUCCAGAGGAAGCGCAAAAGUGGACAAGUUGGAGCUCAGCGUGGGGCCUGUGGGGGCCCUGCCUCCUAUUACUCCAACCAGCCCAGCCGAGGCUCUGGCCGAGGGAAUCCUCACUCAGCUCCCCACCUCUCCUCCGUCUCUACCCGAGGAGGUCCUGGCCCGGACGUCAAGCCCCGUCCCACUCCGCUCUCCCAGUCCUCACACCCUCCUGACCACGUUGUCGGAUCCGCUGCACCAGCGGCAGUCAGCGGGCCUGAGGCGCAGCCAGUCCGCCGACCAGCAGCCGCAGCAGGAUCGUCCACCCUCCUCCUCCUCCUCCUGCCACGCCUCCCUCCCUCUGCCGGCGGACCUCUCCCCGGGCGCUCGCUCGCACGGCCGCAGGAAACUGCCGGCCAUCCCCGCCGGUGCCGCCAACACCAAGUUCCCCUCAGUCAUACGUAUCACCCGUGCCCAGCUCCAGCAGCUGACGGCCCAGCGUCCUUCGGGUCUGUCCUCGCAGUCGGGAUCAGACAGCGCUCCGCAUUGCCUCCUUUUGGAGAGGCGUGGUGAAGCUGAAGCUGAGACUCAGCAGAUCAAGGAGCUCUCGGGGGGAGUCAGCUCCCAACAGGACCAGGUGCCCACCCACCCAGGGACGCCAACGGACCCCCUGGCUGAAACAGUGGUGAACGGGGACGCUCACACCAAAGCUCAGAGCCCUGUGCCAAGCCGUGCGUCCUCCCCCCGCUCGCCUCACUCGCCUCCUCAGUUCUCUCCUCGCUGCCCACGCAGCCCCCUGUUUACCAACGGCUGUCUCUCCCCUCCUUAUGUUGCCCACGCUGCUGGAGAUUUCUCAAAACUAAAAGACCCUGACAACGACACUACCCCCACGCCAUGUGCCACAGAAGCACAAGCCAGGGAGGAAGGCAGGGGAAAUGUGAUUCUCACCCCAUCUUGCUCCUCACCCGCUGCCCCCCGCAAGGACCCCAGCCGCAGACAAAGUCGCAUCCCCGUGCUCGAGCCCUCCAGCCUGCUCGAGCUCCCCCCUCCGGGGUCGGCCAAGGAGAAACUUUUGCAGAAAAAAGCCAGCCACCACGGCCCCGUCCCCUCUCCCACCGCCUCCCCGUCCCUCUCCGACCGGCGCGGUGCCAUCGUGGCCUCCCUCGCCAGGGAUCCGCUGUCGUCCACUUCCGACCGCUCCCAGGACGAGGACUCUCUCAUAGGCUCACGCUCCGACCGCCAGGGGGAUGAGGCUCUGUCUCUGUCCUCCUCCUCCAGCCCCCUCUCUCGGAAAAGCAGGAUCCCUCGUCCGGUUCACCCGGCCACCUCCGCGGAGCAGUUAAACCCGCAGUUCCUGCCACGCCCGCCGCCUGGGAAGCCACCUAGUCGUGCCACAGUGGAGGGCAGACUCAGGCGUUACCGCAUCCGGGCUGGCAGCAACAGCGACUCGGACCUCCUGUCGUGCAUCGCCCAACUGAUGCACGGCUCCCGGGGCUCCCCGCUCCACCACCGCUCCUCGCCCCAGCACGCCGCCUCCAGGACGGCCGUCUGCAGCCUGACCAGCUCGCCUCACCACCACCACCACCACCACCGCAGCUCCAGCGCCUCGCCGCGCAGCUCCUCCUCGCUGCAGCGCUCCGUCAGCUCCUCGCCCUCCCGCCACGAGCACCGCGGCGGAGGGGGCGGGGGCUGCCUGGGCCGGAGCCACUCGCCUCCCAGCUUCUCGGGGUCGCCGCCGCCCCGCCGCUUCUACCUCCACCACCAGGAGACGUGUUGCAGUCGGCAGGCGCGCACCAGCCCGCUCCACCUGUCCAGGGGGAAGGGCUGCAGCCGAGAGGGCAAGUGCUCCAGCAAGCUGAGCAGAUAAUUUCUCACCGGAUUGUCAUGCCAUAGCAGAGGAAAUAAGGCGUCGAGUAAGGAUGGGAUAGACAUCAGUCAGAAUAAAAAGCCUGAGUCUUCCUGGUCAAUCGGUAAAA